CUUCCCCCCCUCCAGCUCCUGCUCCUGCUGCUCUCUUGCAAAACUGGAAUUGGCUGGGAUUAUUUAAGGAGGAAAAAAAAAAGAAGAAGGAGAAGUAGAAGGGAUCAGAGCAGCCGCCAGAGAGAGGGCGAUAGAGUCCACUUUCCUCCAACUGCCCUGGGUCUCCUUCCCUCAUUCCUCUUUAGCAACACCAAGAGCCCCAAACUGAACCCAGAGCAGCUUUUUCCAUCAGUCCACUUCCCUUCCUUCCCUCAGUCUCACACACAGCAAGAAGAGACCCCCUUCCUCUUCUUGCCUUCCCUUCGCAUGCUCAGCCUCUUGUUUCCUUUCAAGCACUAGAAAUCCCCUCUUCUUGCCCCCCACUCCUCCAAGCAGACUGGGAUUGCAAUGGGAGCUUUGCAGAUUGCUGGAUUUUCCAUCCUUUGCUUUCUCCUCCACUCUGGAAACACACUGGCAAAUAAAGCCGGUCAAGACGUCGACGAGUGCGUGGAAGGCACCGACAACUGCCACAUCGAUGCCAUCUGCCAGAACACCCCCAAGUCCUACAAAUGCAUCUGCAAGUCCGGCUAUACCGGAGACGGGAAGCACUGCAAAGAUGUCGAUGAGUGCGAGCGGGAAGACAAUGCGGGCUGCGUCCACGAGUGCGUGAACAUCCCCGGCAACUACCGCUGUACCUGCUACGAUGGCUUCCGCCUGGCGCAUGAUGGCCACAACUGCUUGGACGUGGAUGAGUGCUCGGAGGGCAACGGCGGCUGCCAGCAGACGUGCGUCAACAUGAUGGGCAGCUACGAGUGCUUCUGCCGGGAGGGCUUCUUCCUCAGCGACAACCAGCACACCUGCAUCCAGCGCCCUGAAGAAGGAAUGAACUGCAUGAACAAGAACCACGGCUGUGCCCACAUCUGCCGGGAGACCCCCAAGGGGGGCAUCGCCUGCGAGUGCCGCCCUGGCUUCGAGCUCACCAAGAACCAGCGUGACUGCAAACUGACCUGCAACUAUGGGAACGGGGGCUGCCAACACACCUGCGACGACACCGACCAAGGGCCCAAGUGCGGCUGCCACGUCAAGUUUCUCCUGCACUCCGAUGGGGUGACGUGCAUAGGGGAGAGACACUUCCAGCAACACGUUAUCCUUGAGACGUUUUCUAAUGAGACGUGUGCUGUCAACAACGGUGGCUGCGACAGCAAGUGUCACGACGCGGCCACGGGCGUGCACUGCAGCUGCCCCAUGGGCUUCAUGCUCCAAGCCGACAGGAAGACGUGCAAAGACAUCGACGAGUGUCGGCUCAACAACGGCGGCUGCGACCACAUCUGCAGGAACACGGUGGGCAGCUUUGAGUGCAGCUGCAAGAAGGGCUACAAGCUGCUCAUCAACGAGAGGAACUGCCAAGACAUUGACGAGUGCUCCUUCGACCGGACCUGCGACCACCUCUGCAUCAACACACCCGGCAGCUUCCAAUGCCUCUGCAACAAGGGCUACACGCUGUACGGGCUCACCCACUGUGGAGACGUCGAUGAAUGCAGCAUCAACCGGGGUGGCUGCAAAUUCGGCUGCAUCAACACUCCUGGCAGCUACCAGUGUACCUGUCCCGCUGGCUGCAAGCUGCACUGGAACAAAAAGGACUGUAUAGCCGGCGCGUGUCCCUCAGACCUGGUGAAAUGCCUGCCAGGUUCAGUGCCACCACGGGCCACCCUCACCUGCAACAAGACGGGCAAGAAGGACAGCUGUGCCCUCACCUGCGCCUCCAAGGCUCGCUUUCUGCCAGAGUCGGACAGCAGCUACACGGUGAGCUGUGGGACCCCUGUCCUUCGGCAGGGUGGCCAGCAGAGACACGCCAACAGUAGCCAGCAGUGCCUCGAGACUGUCCCCGCGCCAAUCAAGCAAAAAGCAUCCUUCAAGAUCAAGGAUGCCAAAUGCCACCUGCACCCGCGGGCCAAGGGCAAGCAGGAUGAGGCCGGGAAGGCUGGGGUGCAAGGCGGUUCGGCACCUUGCUCCGAUUGCCAGGUUGCCUUCGUCAACCUCAAGUGCGACUCCUCCAAGAAGGGGAAGGGCCGCCGAGCUCGCAACUCCUCCAACAAGGAGGUGACACGCAUCACGCUGGAGUUCGAGGCAGAGAUCAAGCCAGAGGAGAUCACAGCCAGCUGCAACCUGCACUGCCUGCGACAGAGAGUGGAGAAAAAGCUGAAAGCGGCCAUCAAAGCCUUGAAGAAAUCCAUCAACCAGGAGCGAUUCCUGCUCCGCUUCGCUGGGAUGGAGUACGAGGUGGCACGGAAGCUGAGCGUGAUCCCGGAGCGACAGGAGAGCUGUGGACCGGGUCAGCAGCGCCUGGGUGGCAAGUGUGUUAGCUGCUCGCAGGGAACGUAUUACCAUGGACAGACGGAGCAAUGCGUCCCCUGCCCUGCUGGCACCUACCAGGAGAAGGAAGGGCAGCUCUCCUGUGAUCUGUGUCCCCGCGGCGAUGCUUUCGGACCGGUGGGAGCCACCAACAUCACCGGCUGCACAGGUCAGUGUCCCCCUGGCCAGCACUCGGUCGACGGCUUCAAACCAUGCCAGCCGUGUCCCCGUGGCUCCUACCAGCCCGAGGUGGGGCGGGCGCUGUGCUUCCCCUGCGGCGGGGGGCUGACCACACGCCACGAGGGAGCCCUCUCUUUCCAGGACUGUGACACCAAGGUCCAGUGCUCCCCCGGGCACUACUACAACACCAGUGUCCACCGCUGCAUCCGCUGCGCCGUAGGCACCUAUCAGCCUGAUUUUCGGCAGAAUUACUGCAUCGCCUGUCCCGGCAACACCACCACCGACUUUGAUGGUUCCACCUCUGUGUCCCAGUGCAAAAACCGGCAAUGCGGGGGGGAACUGGGCGAAUACACGGGCUACAUUGAGUCCCCCAACUACCCGGGGAAUUAUCCUGCCAAUGUCGAGUGUACCUGGAACAUCAACCCACCGCCCAAGCGCAAGAUCCUCAUCGUGGUGCCGGAGAUCUUCCUCCCCUCUGAAGACGAGUGUGGCGACGUCUUGGUCAUGCGGAAAAACUCUUCUCCAUCCUCCAUCACCACCUACGAGACGUGCCAGACCUACGAGAGGCCCAUCGCCUUCACCGCCCGCUCUCGGAAACUGUGGAUCAACUUCAAAACCAGUGAAGCCAACAGCGCACGGGGCUUCCAGAUCCCAUACGUGACCUACGAUGAGGACUAUGAGCAGCUGGUGGAGGACAUUGUGCGGGACGGCAGGCUCUACGCCUCUGAAAACCAUCAGGAGAUCCUCAAGGACAAGAAGCUCAUCAAAGCUUUCUUCGACGUGCUGGCGCAUCCCCAGAACUACUUCAAGUACACGGAGAAACACAAGGAGAUGCUGCCCCGCUCCUUCAUCAAGCUCCUCCGCUCCAAAGUCUCCAGCUUCCUCCGGCCUUACAAAUAGCCCACUGUGCCCCCACUGCGACCGGGCCACCCCGCAGCCAAGGAAAACCUCUUCUCCCUUCCUUCUCCUUUCUGAUUUUCUCCUUCCUCCGCUCGGCUGCACCAGGACAGCCACCUCUCGCCCCACAGAUGUCCCCACCACGAUUUGUCCCCGCAGAGCCGUGCUGCCAGCCGGAGGGGGGAUGCUCCGAUCUCAUCCAGCCUCCAGCGAAGCUGCUCCUCUCUUCCAAAGCAGCUUCUUCGUUUUAGGAAACCGAAGUGCUGGUGGUUUCACCAGGCUCUGUUCUCCCUUUGGUUUCCUUUACACCAGGUCUGUCCCCAUUGCUCAUGACAUCAGGAGCGUCAUCGUCGUGGUUUGAGCCCCACCGAACCCUUUCACGGAGGAUGGCAAGAAGGUAACGCCGUGUUUCUCGCGGCGCCUCAGUUCCCGGCGUCGCUUUGAGGAGAUCGGGGGAAAAGAAAUUAGAAAAAAAAAUAGCAUCCUCAGUUAAAAAGAAAAAUAAAAGGAGACAUCGGCAAAGCCCAUCAGCCAACGGCAACCGUGGUGGCUCCGGUGGCCGUCCCGCCGGAGAGUCGCGCCGGCGCUGGGAGGGAAGCACAGCCAAGCCAUGUUCCCGGAAAACAAUGUCUGGCUGCACGGGAGAAAACAGGGAGCGAAGGAGAAGAACUUUCAGCCGGGUUUGGGCUUUUUUUCCUUUCCUUCCCCCCUACCCCAGACACUCGUGCCAAGAAACCAGACUUUCUUACAAGCUCUGCCAAAGAGUAACUCGGAAAAGCAAGCUUUGUGAAGAGCAGGAGUAAAUGUUGGUGCACUAGGAUAUCCUCCUUUCUACCUUUUUCAUAUGAAUUAAGUGCAAUCGUUUGAGUCUUCUUUAUAUUAUUUAGAGGGAAGGUUGUUUUUUGUUUGUUUUUUUUUCCUACUAGAAACGACAAUAUUUAUACCUGCCUGAAAAAUGAGAAUGUGCAUUUGUAACAAAAAAAAUCCCAAACUCACCCAACCUUAAGCCAACCCUGCCGAGCGGUGGGACGGUGUUUUCAGGCCUUGCAACCUUUUCUGCUGCGUUUCUCCCCGAUAAAAACCCACAUUUGGGGAGGGAGAAGGUGCCCCUCCUGCUCGGCGUGGGAUGGGGUGAGGUUUUGAAGGGGUUUGAGGUCCGAGCACGGAGGAGAGGGAGCGGCUGGGGUGGUUGAGUGCUUUUAGGCUGAUCCACCGCAGUUUGGGGAUUGUUUGAGUCUUGUUGUGAGGAAGACGCAAAAGUUUUGGCCCCGUCACCUGCGUGUUUUGCUUCUCUGCAGAGGCUCGGGGUGAGCCAAGGCGCAGGGGAGACCCAGGGCAGGUCCCAAGGAAGGAAGGGACCCUUCCCAAGGGAGCUGCCCCAAGAUCUCUCCCCGAGGUAUGGAGAUCCACACCCUCCGCGGCUCUGGGGAAGCUUUGUGCUUCCAAGUCCCUUCAGGUGCUUUUGGCUCCAUCCCUUUCCAUGUGCUCAUCCUGCCGCGAUGCUGCAGGAGCCCCUUCCAGGGGGGGGCUGGAAUCUUGGGGGGACCCCAACCUUUCACCCCUACCCCGUUUCAUCUCCUUCCCCAGCUUUGCAGACAGCCAGGCAGGGGACAAUAGCUGGGUGGAUGUCACCAAGGGGUUUGUCCCCCUCCGGCAUCUUCAUGCUGGGGACAGGAGCCCACUGCCACCGGUCACCCUUCCCCAAGCUUCACUCCCUUUCCAGCCCUCCCAGCAGCUCUCAGCUUGUCACCUCCCUGUGCCUUCAUCCCCAUCUUCAUCCUCUCCAACACCUGGAGCUGCCAGGACUGCUGCUUUCCUGGUGGCAGGUCCCCUCCCAUCCCUGCCUGUCUCUCUCGCUGUCCCCUUGAGCACAUCCGAGCUGAGCCCUGCUCUUAAUGAACCAAUUAUUUAUUGCUCUGCGCAUUCCCCCUGGAUCAGUCCUUGCCAAAACCAGGAGGCAACUGCUGGCCCGUGUUUUCCCUCCUCGAUCCAUGCUGCUCCAGCACCCCAAAAGCAUCUUCUGGGCUCUCUUGGGGGCUGUGGGCUGGGUGAGCGCUGGCAAAGGGGGCUGAGUUUUGUCCCCAAGACGCAUCGAUUGGAAAAGGCUGCCCUGAUUCAUCCCAGCUGUGGAUUUACUCCUCCUGCCACCCGGCUUCCAGCCUGUUUGGAAGCUCAACAUCUGCAGGCUGAGUUGUUUUUCCCUUGGUUGGUGUCUGAAAGCAGUUGCUUUGAUGCACAAAAGCUGUUGUAGGGAUUUGGAAGGGGGGGGGUUUAUAGCUGCAGGGCAGUGGCAGCGGAGCGGUGACCACCGAAAAGGUCUUUUAGAGUUAGAAAGGAGAAAAAAAAACCACAACGGCAAAACUAAAACCAAGGCAGGAAUGACCAACCGGUGCGACACAGCUGCUCGCGCUCACCAAGAAGUUCAUGAAUUGUGAUUUAACAGCAGGGACGCUCUGACCUUGACUCUGGAGCUCCUGAAGUUCUCAGGGUGUCCUGGUUGCCACCAAUACACCAACCACCUCCACUCCCUUAAAGCAGCUUGGGAAGGGCGAGCCGGGCAGCAAAUCCUCCUGUAACAGCCAAAAACACCGGGUAAGGGCUCCCCCAACCCCUUUCACCAAAUAACUUCCCCUAAAAAAACCCACAGGGUCACCAGAACCCCCUCACUACAGCUCAGCCCCUCUACACCCACACCCAGAAAAGGUUUGGAAGGCUGAAAACUGCCUCAGCAGCCACCUCGGAUGCAUUGAAUGUUGCGCCACGGUGAACAAAAAAUAGGGGUUGUUGGGGUUUUUUUUUGUUCUUUUCAUGUUGGGAUAUUUAUGUCUGCCUUUUGCAGCGGGCCAUGAUGACCAUCUCCAGCAAAAAGUGAUUAAAGUAAUGAGAAAGAUGUAGUUCAUGAAGUUAUUUGCACUUGAUUAAAAGAGAAAAAAAAAAAUGUAUCUGAACUUUGUAAAAAGAAAUGUUUGCAUUUUGUAUUGUCUUUUUUUAAUUAUUAAAUGGAAUUUCUUGGUGUUGUGUUGAUCUUUCAGAAACCAGCUCUGACGCUUAUUUUAAAGCUUUUUUAACAGCAGGGUCCAAAACUAUUUUCAUUGUUUUGUUCCCUCGGAUGCAAGGCAAGCUCUGCUCAUGGUUUUUUUCUCCCCAGAAGCUGAAAUCCUACCUAAUUCCAUAACCCUUCACUAUACAAUGUAUUUAUUUAUAUACAUCAGAGUCAUGGAAGUUUGGGUUGAAGGGACUUCAAAGCCAACCCAGUCCCACUCCCUGCCAUGGGCAGGGACACCUC